UCCCACAAGGCCAACAGCCACGCGGUCAGGUUCCGUGUGUGUCAGCUGAUCAACAAGUUGCUAGGCAGCAUGGCGGAGAACGCCCAGAUCGACGACGACCUGUUCGACGGUAUCCACCGGGCCAUGUUGGUCAGAGUCACAGACAAGUUCCCCAACGUCAGGAUCCAGGCCUCUCUGGCCAUGGCUAGACUACAGGAACCACAGAACCAACAAUGUCCCACUGUGAAUGCCUACCUGUUGAUCUUGGAGAAUGAUUCCAACCCGGAGGUUCGUCGAGCCGUUCUGUCGUGCAUCGCCCCUUCCUCUCUCACCCUCCCCAAGAUACUGAAACGCACCAGGGAUGUUAAGGAGAAUGUCCGCAAGCUAGCUUACCAGGUUCUGGCAGACAAGGUCCACAUCAGAGCUCUGAGUAUCGCCCAGAGAGUCAGUCUGCUGCAGCAGGGUCUCCACGAUACUGCAGAAUCAGUGAGGGAAGUGGUGCAGGUCCGUCUCCUCCCAGCCUGGCUGAAUCUUCUCCAAGGUGAUGUGUUGGAGCUGUUGCACAAACUGGAUGUAGAGAACUGCUCUCAGACCGCCCUGGAUACACUGAGCGCUCUGUUCACACACACACCUCAGGACAAGCUGCUGGACCACUGCCUUCAGCUGGACAACAGGAUGCUGGUCCCAGCUGGGUCUCUGUCCUGUGAGCGCGUGUUGUACUGGAGAGCUCUGUGUGAGUUCAUUAAGACUAAAGGGGACGAAGGAGAGGAGAUGUUGGAGAAGCUGCUGCCAGAGGCUGCUGUCUUCGCUGAAUACCUCUACGGGUAUGUGAAGUGCGUCCCGGCGCUGUCUGAAGAACAGAAAGGAGACUUUGCUCAGCUGGAGCUGGUGAUGACUAAAGAGUUCAUCUCUCAACAACUCAUCCACCUCACGGGCUGUCUGGAUACCAAUGAAGAGGGAGGAAGGAAGCGUGUGGUCGCUGUGUUACAGGAGAUGCUGGUCCUACCUCAGACUCCUCCCUCUCUGGUCUCUCUGCUGACGGAGAAACUACUGACCUUAAUACCUGAUGACCACAGACGCAUUCAGACCGUGGCGGAGGCGAUCUCGGAGGUGCGUGAGCCCAUUGUCGUCGUCAGACAGCCGCUGGAUGAGAACGAGAACCGCAGGAAACAAGUUAAGUUAGCGGAGGUGAAGGUUUGUAUCCUAGAGACUAAUCAAAUCAAAAUGUUAUUAGUCAGGUGCCUGGUAAUCAAAUCAAAAUGUUAUUAGUCAGGUGUCUG